UAUAAGCGAGCGAGCGGCCGACCUGCCAGCACUCACUGACACUCACUCAUCUCAGACCGCGCCAGAGAUCGCCGCGCUUUCCACAAACUCUCCUCUUUUCCUUUUUUUCCUGUAGUAAUAAAACAAGAAAGCGGACCGGAGGCAUAAAGGAGACAGGGACUUGUGGGAUGAAAACGGGGCUAAAAAGAUUCAUCCUCUCUCGAACAUCAUCACCGACCAUCAUUCAUUCAUUACCUUGACAACCUCUGGCUUUGAUUGACAGCUGGAGUGGCAAAAAGCCAUGAGACGCGACAGUUUAGUUACACGCGGGUUGUUGAUGGGCCGGCUGUAACCUUCAGUUUGGCGCUUGACUUUUUUUUCCCUUUCUUUUCUGGGGGGCAAAGAGGAAAAGAAGAAUAAUUGCAAAACUCUUCCCGAUGCCCGCGCGCGUUCUCAGCCGAAGUACUGGAGAAUAGGAGGAAUUCGCCAAGUUUGCUCGAAAAGCGGAUCUUUCGCGGCGCGUGAGUUUGUGAGCGGACUGGGAAAUUAAAUCUACGACACGCAUCCAGAGGUUUAUUGGAGCGCAGGCUGAUGGCGCAAAGGUACGAUGAGUUGGCUCACUACGGCGGCAUGGACGGAGUCGGUAUGUACGGGGAUCCUCACGCGCCUCGGCCGCUGCCCCAGGUCCAUCAUCUGAACCACGGACCGCCGCUCCACGCCAGCCAGCACUACGGCACGCAUGCCCCCCAUCCCAACGUCAUGCCCACCAGCAUGGGCUCAGCUGUCAACGACGUGUUAAAGAGGGAUAAAGAUCAAAUUUACGGUCACCCUCUCUUUCCUCUGCUGGCUCUGGUCUUUGAGAAGUGCGAGCUGGCCACAUGCACUCCCCGCGAGCCCGGGGUCGCCGGAGGAGACGUGUGCUCCUCGGACUCCUUCAACGAGGACAUCGCCGUCUUCGCCAAGCAGGUCCGCGCGGAAAAACCUUUAUUUUCUUCAAAUCCGGAGUUGGAUAAUUUGAUGAUUCAAGCCAUACAAGUAUUACGCUUUCAUCUUUUGGAGUUAGAAAAGGUGCACGAACUCUGCGACAAUUUCUGCCAUCGGUACAUCAGUUGUUUGAAAGGAAAAAUGCCCAUAGAUUUAGUGAUUGACGAACGGGAUGGCAGCUCGAAAUCGGACCACGAGGACAUCUCGGGAUCUUCUACUAACUUAGCCGAUCAUAACCCAGCGUCCUGGAGAGAUCACGACGAUGCCACGUCCACACACUCGGCCGGCACGCCGGGCCCCUCGAGCGGAGGACACGCGUCACAGAGCGGGGACAACAGCAGCGAACAAGGAGAUGGUUUAGACAACAGCGUGGCCUCCCCCGGCACGGGCGACGACGACGAUCCAGACAAGGACAAAAAGCGGCAGAAAAAACGAGGCAUCUUCCCCAAAGUUGCCACCAACAUCAUGCGAGCAUGGCUCUUCCAGCAUCUCACACACCCGUAUCCUUCAGAAGAACAGAAGAAGCAGCUCGCUCAAGACACGGGCCUCACCAUCUUACAAGUAAACAACUGGUUCAUUAAUGCCAGAAGAAGAAUAGUGCAGCCCAUGAUCGACCAGUCAAAUCGAGCAGGUUUUCUUCUUGAUCCUUCAGUGAGCCAGGGAGCGGCGUACAGUCCGGAGGGGCAGCCCAUGGGCAGCUUCGUGCUGGACGGACAGCAACACAUGGGCAUCCGGCCGGCAGGUCCUAUGAGUGGCAUGGGCAUGAACAUGGGCAUGGACGGCCAGUGGCACUACAUGUAACGGCUGUACAGUAAAGAAAAGGGGGAAGUGGAUGGAGGCGUGCCGGAGGAGCUCGUACUUCAGCCUGGUCCUGUGGGCAUGAGCAUGGCAUCACCCCUCGUCUCUUGCGUCUGUCCCCGACCUCCUCAUCACCUCUGACCCGCGAGGCCACGCUAAUGCACAGAGCCCUCCUCGCCCACGACUCCUCUGACCCCCUGACCACAGCGCUGCUGGACCGGCCCACCACCGAAGGGAACCAACCAAUACUGGACAAUACCCCCAACCAGAGAUUAGUGAAGGAAAAGAGAAUGCGCCGAAGCGUCCGACGGCUUCACGUGGAAUUCCAGACGAGCUGUGAUCGUUUUUUUAUCUUGUGAAAUUUUGUUACUUUUGUUGCUGGAGGACCAAGAGCUGACAGAAACUCUUUGUAAAGUCUUGGGUGUCUGUUCAAAUCAACUGAGGAUGUUUCAGCUUGUUAAACACACACACGCUCGCACGCACGCACGCACACACACACACACACGAUAAUGAAAUGAAAAAAAAAGACAAAAGAGACUCCAAGAGUUCAAACUACUGUAGUAUAAAAGCAUAGAAACUAAAUUAAAUCUUGUACAUUUUUAUCACUCACUUUAUGUUUCAUGAGCUAGUCUUAGAGUAAAUCGUUCCCUGUUUUUCACACUGUGUGUGCUGAUCCCGAGGCAGAGGAGCUCCGAUCGCAGCAAUAACGGGAGAAACGGACCCCGGUUCCGGUGAGAACGACGAGUCCUGCUCCGUCAGAGUCUCUGCCGAUUGAAGCCUGCUCUCUUCACAAACCCCUCCUCUUCCUCUUCCUCUUCUUCUCCCUCACGCAUUUCCCCUCUUUGGUCCAUGAAUGAAUGUUGCCCUGUAGGUGAAGUUCUUCGUUUGAAUUGCCCAAGCACUGGAUUGUGUUGCUUUUAUACGUUUUUAUUUUAUUAUUAUUAUUAUUAAUAUUAUUAUUAUUAUUAUUAAUUUUGUAUGUCGGACUCUCAGAGUAAGAGCCUUAUGAAGGACGUGUAUCCUCGAGAAAAACAGCAUCCUGCAGCAGUUUAAGCCUGGGAUCAAUAUAUUAUCUGCCAUGAGGACGGAUGCUCUGGAUCCUCUGGAUGCUCGGCACAGACACAGCAGAAGACGACGCGGUGAAAAACUUUACAAGGAUGAAAAAAAAAGAAAAGAACUUAAAUUAUGAACUCCGAGCUCGGCGAGAAGCCGGGACGAUAUUGUAAGAAACUUCGUACAGAGUUCAGUCUAUUAAUUGUUUCAUGUUAGAUAUUCUAUGUGUUUACCUCAAUUGAAGACGAAUGUUUUUGCUAGUUUCAGAUCUGCUGUGGCAUUGAUAUUGUUAUGUCCAUGAUCCCCUUCCUCUCUCAGCACGUGCUCCUCACUAGAAGAUGAAAUACUGUCUCCCUCGAGCUUUGUCAGAAAUACAUUCAAUACUUGUAUGAGGACUGUGGCGUAAUGUUUCAAAGGUGUUCAGUCACAAAUGCUGUAAUAAAUAUUUCAUUUUUUGA